CACCAGCUCGGAAUAAGCGCGGAUACAGGACUGGAGGGAACCCCGAACCCCGAACCGGGAGAACUAGGAGAACCAGAGAACUAGAAGUAACAGAGAACCGUAUAUACCGGGAGAACCGGAGAACUAGGAACCGUUUAGACCGGGAGAACCAGAGAACCGUAUAUAGAGCGGGAGAACCGGGAUGCUGCUGCGGCGCGACGACAGCUUCAUGUCGGACUUCGAGGACGCCUGCUCCGCCUGGAUGGACAGCAGCGCGAGUUCGAGCCCCGCGGGCUCUCCCUUCUCCUCCCACGUUUUCUCCCCGGGAACCGACGCCUCCGACUCGGACUUCUUCUCCGACUUCAGCGACUGCUCCUCGGACGCGCUUUUCUCCCCGUCCCUGCAGGAGUACGAGGCUGCGGGGGGGCUGUUGUUCCCGGAGCAGGGGCCCCCCUCCCCGGAGCCCCUGGAGCCCCGCUCCCCCUCCCCGGCCCCGGCCCUGAGCAGCACCGCCGACGCCAUCCUCACCAUGAUCACGGAGAUCGUGGGGAUCUGCACCGAGAUGGAGCAGACGCGGUGGCAGCAGGAGGGCCAGGGCCCCCCCCAGCAGGGCCCCCCCGCCCCGGCCCCCGCCCCCGCCGCCCCUGCGGCCCCGCAGCUGCUCGUGAAGAGCGAGUUCCGGAGCUCCGGCUGCGGCGGCGGCUGCUCGCGGGGCUCCGUGCCCGGGAUCGAGGCGCCUUUCCCGGCCGCGGCGGAGGCCGUCGCCCCGCUGCCCGCCCUGGAGCUUCUGGACUCCCUGCUGAAGCAGGAGCCGCUGGAGGACUGGCUGAAGGGCCUGGGGCCCCCGCCCGCCCCCACGGGGGGGGACCCCGGCUGCUACGUCAUCACCGGGCCGCUGCAGGGCGGGGACGCGCAUCUGCUCUCCCUGCUGCUGCAGGGCGCGCUCCCGCCCCAGGGGGCCCCGGGGGCCCCCAGCAGGAGCGCCCCCCCCAGGAGGAAGAGGGGGCCCCCCGGGGCCCCCAGGGGCGUGAAGCCGUUCCCGUGCAGCGUGCACGGCUGCGCGCGCCGCUUCUCGCGCUCCGACGAGCUGAACCGGCACGUGCGCGUGCACACGGGCCACAAGCCCUUUGCGUGCGCGAUCUGCGCGCGCACCUUCAGCCGCAGCGACCACCUGACCACGCACACGCGCACGCACACGGGCGAGAAGCCGUUCCCGUGCGACGUGUGCGGGAAGAGGUUCGCGCGCAGCGACGAGCGCAAGAGGCACGGGCGCGUGCACGUCAAGCAGCAGCUGCGCGCGCAGGUGAUGGCCGCGUGCACGCUGGCGCUGAACCCCGCACCGGCGCGUGCACGCUCUGAGGAGCUGGUGACGUCACGCAGGUGUUGACUGACAGCUGCGCAUGCGCGGAGGACUUCCUGUAAAGUCAUGUGACGUUUCUGCAUGAGGACGUGACGAAACCGUGACUGUGACGUCAGAUUGUCGUGAUGUUGUUCAUCAUGCUUUUAUUUUGGAAUUAUUUUGUAAA